GCCUCAAACCUUCUCUGUUGCAUCGAUUGAGCAGGAGUGAGAUUUGUCUGUCUGUCUGCUUGCUUGCUUGCUAGCUAGCUACCAUGGCCGACCUCUCGCACACUUUCAGGAGGCCCCACGAACUGGACAGAAGCAGGUUGAACAAGGCCGGGCUAGAGGCCGAGAGGCUGGACAGUGGCAUCGACUCCAUGCCGGAGGGUAGCGUCAACAGCGUGACCGAGCAAAUGGAUCAUCUCAAAGUCAGAUCUGACAACGUGGAAGAUAAUACGGCCCAGAACUGGGCUCAGUUCAGGAGUGAAGACGGUGACACGUUUCUUCACCUGGCCAUUCUGCACGGCUGCUCAGACAUCGCCCUCGUCCUCCUGCAGUCCGAUCGGAGCAUCAUCAACCUGUGCAACUCAUCGCAACAGACCGCGCUGCACCUAUCGGUUAUCCUGAACAUGCCGGAGGUGACCAGGGAGCUGGUGCAUGCGGGGGCCGAGCUGGACAGCACGGACAGCCAUGGCAACACCGCGCUGCACCUGGCCUGCGAGCAGGGGAACCCCGAGUGCAUCGGCCCGCUCCUCGACCCCAUCCUGACUGGGACCAGAGGCCAGCGGCAGGACCUGGAUCAGCGCAAUUACAACGGCUACACGUGUCUACAUAUCGCGGUGAUGCGGGGACAUUACGAGGCAGUUCAGAAGCUGCUGGAUGCAGGAGCCAACAUUAACACUCAGGAACCGAGCAGUGGGCGGACAUCUCUACACCUCGCAGUGGAGUUCCAACGCCGGGAUAUGGUGCAGCUUCUGGUGGAGCGCAGAGCGGACGUGAACCGGCAGAUGUUCAACAGCUGCACAGCCUUCCACCUCACCGCAGGCCGGCCCGACAUGGAGAUCCAGAACCGGCUCUUGCAGCUGACCAGCUCCUCGCUAAUACCUCUCCCGGAGUGGUCGGACACCGACUCCGAGACGGACUGGGACGGCCAGUCGGACUGUGAAAUGCCUCUAGAUUACGAUGAUCUUCAGAUAGGAGGCCACUCACUCCACUGAAUCGCUGGCACAACCCAGUGGACCUUCUCAAUCCAACUCUGACAACAACCAGGUCAUCAGAGUAGAACUGGACCAGCGGACAAGUUAACCUCCACGCUGGUUCACCGUCUCUCCUGCUCCUCCCUUGAGAGUGCCACGACAGCCUUGAGUCCAAGCACGAUACAUCAUCGUUUGCCACCGACCCACAGGAUCCACGAUGCUCGGUGUGUCGAUGGAGGGUGAAAGAGACUGGCUGGAGCAGUAGAUGGACACACACACACACAUAAGGACAUGAGGUGGACAGGCAGAGAAAAAACAGAAGGUUCUUCAAACUCGUUGCUAAAGACUUCUGCCAUGGCCCAACCCUUCUGUGAUAAGAUUGUUCUAUGCUUUGCUGGACUGAAUAUGGUGGCUGUAUUAACUAACAAACAAGACUGUGGGGGGGUUGGAUGUGUGCCUGGUUUCACUGCCCUGUCCCCCACCUCCCCUCCCUCCUCCCCCACCCUGAACUCUUGAGCAUCAAGCGCGUGGAGUUGUGAAGUGAAGGCCAUGGUGUUCGAUGGUGAUUGUUGCUCUAGUGGCCUGUGGUCUAACCCAGGUCAGCCACUCCCUCCUAUUGACUAGCCACAAAUCUGCAGGGAAUUCAGAGUCACCUCAUCCCAGUUCUGACUUGAAACGGGCAGUCCCUUCACAUUCGGGAUUAUCACACAGAAAGUCACUGGAGAUAGAAUGAGGGGCAAUUCUGCCAAGUCUGACCACAGGACUAGCAGCCUCUCCCCUGUGCUAGCGUUCCUCCAAUCCCACUGUAGCUGAGCUCCAGAACUCAGUAACUGCACAGCAAUAGUGUAUUCUUUAA